ACUGAGAGUUACUGUGGGUGUUGAAGGCUGUACGAUGCUUUGAAGUUCACACAGUCAACGUCUCAGUCCAUUGGCAGGUAGUCAGUUCAGCCACUUCCUCUGAUCACUGAGUGAAGCAACCAGUAACAACCAGAGGAGAGAAAGAAAGAAAGACAGAAAGAAAGAAAAGCUUGUUUCAGACAGACAGAGAGACGAGGAGCGAGAGUCAUGAAUUCACUGAGGACAGGUGUGUUGGUGCUGUUUGUGCUCGUGGUGCCUGUUUCCUCGAAAGAGAUAUUUUUCACUCACCCGGUCAUCUGCUACUUCCUGGAUGCAAUCCUGAUUGUUUACUGCAUCGUGGCCACAGCGCUUUUCUUCAAAGAAAAGUUUUCUCACGUCCCGUCUGCUGCAGCACCUGCAGAUGACGGAGGCAUUUACCAGGAGCUCGACAGGAUGAACGAUGAUGAUCCUUACCAGGUGCUCCAGCCAGUAAAAGGAAAAAAAAAAGGCAAGAAGAAGAAGAAAAAAUCCGAGGCGACUGCGGCCAAGGAGGAAGAUAGAGAUCCCUAUGAGACUUUGAUGCCCAACGGCUCAGCUGCACCUCCUGUGUCUCCACACUGAACUCAGGGGCAGGCCCGUCCGCAGAAAUGACCGGGCCCCUGAACAGGUCCAGCGAAAGGGCCCUCACCAGAUCUACUUAUAUCAAUGCAUGUGUGUGCUCUUUCUCCUAGUAAACACAUACUGUGACGCCAGCUACCUCUUGGCUAGCUGUAACAUUAGCUCUCUGGCUAUCAUUCACCUCUUUGCCUCUUCGUUAGCUGUAACGUUAGCUCUCUGGCUAUCAUUCACAUUCAACCUGGCUGGGUUUUCAGAGCUGACUGAAAACAGUUAGUCACAACAUUAUUAUUUGGGUUUAAAGGCCUUUCCAGCUCUCUUUUUCUCUGCCAUAGCGAGGAAAUUCACUCCAACAUAAGCUAAUAGUUAGUUUAGAUCAGUGGUUCCCAACUGGGUCAAGAUUUCUCCUUCAUCAUUAAUUCAAAGUCCACAGAUUUUAAUGUCUUCAGGGCACAGACUGUAUAAAGAUGGUAGACGUGUCUGGUCUCCACUUACCCCCACUGUGCAGAAGUGACGCUAAAAUAUCCCGGAUAAGACCGCUGCCAUCUUGCUCUGGUGACGUCAUCAGUAGUAGUAGUAAUGGGCCGUUCCAUAUAGAUCUUACUGCUAGUAAGACGGUAGGAAAUACGGUCAUGACACGCCUCUUGGAGGCGGUUCUACCAGUAGCAGUCUCGUAUGAACUCGGAGAAUUACGAGUUUUGAAAGACUGACGAAAACAAAGAUGGCUGCGCCCUAUAUUUACCAUAAGUCUUCAUUUUAAUUACUCGUACACAUUAUAUAUGGGAAUAUAUUAUGGGAAUGCUUUAUGAUGUGUUGUUGUGCGUGGAAUGUCGUGUGUGUGUUGUUUACCUGUUGGUGUUGGUGAAAGUAGCUAGCAGUGUUGCUAAUAAUAAAGGCUCCGCUACUGCAAUAGUGACGACUGCUUUCUUGGAGGCAUCCAUCUUUGUUUACAUUUAGGUGGUAAAUGGUACAAACGCAAUCAGGAACACAUACCGCCAAUUUAAACAGGAAGUUACAACAUUUUACGACAUCAUCUUGAGUCUCACCCCUAGUAGCAACGUAAAUGGAUCAUAGCAUUACCCCCACUGUGCAGAAGUGACGCUAAAAUAUCCCGGAUACGACUGCUGCCAAUUUGCUCUGGUGACGUCAUUCAGAGCCACAGUACAGUACCGUUUCCGCGAUAUCAAGUUUCCCGCCCAUACACCCGUUCGACCAAUCGCAAGCAGUGACACUGAAUGUGCGCCCACUGAUUGGCUCACACAGUUGUCAAUCGUAUUGUAGAAAUCCGUGUUUGUAGCUUUGAAUAAAUAAUUAUAACCAAACCUAUCAGAAAAACGAACGCUUGAAUAAAUUGCAGCGUGACUAAAGCUACCUAAAAUGAAAAUUAUUUGACGUGUACUUUGAGUUUUCAAGUUUUUAGUUUGGCCCAUGUCCCAUCCACUAACAUGGAGGGGCGGGGCUUAUAGGUUUAUGUUUUACACGUUGGGGAGCUGUCAUGUCGUCCAUCUUUAUGUGUAGUCUAUGAUUAAAACUCAUACUUGCAUUUAGCCAUGUUGUUGAGCUAGUUUUCUGUCUCUGUCAAGCAACUGUCCAUUAGUCACUCACUCUACAGCAGGAAAUGGCACUUCAGAAUAAAAGCUCUGUGCCGGAAAUUGACUGUACUUCAAAAUAAAGUGUGUUUUUAACAAAUUUGA